CAGAUUUCUUUUUCUCAUGCUGCAAUUUCCAUUGGCAUCACUGCCUUUUCCAAAUCCGCAGUCCUAUUUGGUAUUUGCAUUGAAGGUAAUCUUCUUGUCUUCUGGUCAUAGAUUCCUAGUAGGGAUGGCAAACUAGGUAUUGGACCGCGGGCCUGGUCCGUAAGGGUUUGGUGCGGGGCGGGUUUGGGCUUAGGAAUUCAUGACCUGCAAAAAAGUGGGCUUUGUGGGAUGGGGAUUACACGGUACCGGGUUUAAAGCGGGAUGACCCAGAUGAACCGCGGGAAGGCCCAGAUGAACCGCUAGACGCUUCAGUUGCUUUCGUCACCUGAAAACAAAACGAAAGAGAGAGUGGGACGAGAUGGAGCUACGACGAUGGCCUUGGGAAGAGAUGACGACGAUGGCCGUGGGAAGAGAUGGAGCUCCGACGAUGGCCGUGGGAAGAGAUGGAGCUCCGAUGAUGGCCGUGGGAAGAUAUGAAAAUGAUGGCCAUGGGAAGAGAUGACGACGAUGGCCGUGGGAAGAGAUGGAGCUCCGACGAUGGCCAUGGGAAGAGAUGGAGCUCCGAUGAUGGCCGUGGAAAGAGAUGGAGCUCCGACGAUGGCCGUUCGAUGUCCGACAGGUGACAAUGCUUCUGGUGACCACAUCGUGUUCAAUAUGCAGCAGAGGAGCUUCUCUUCCUUUUCGUUCCACCAAAAGAAGAAUGAAAUUGCCAAAGCUGUUGAAGAGGAGCUCGAGAAGGAAAUGUCUGCUUACGGUUUUGAGAUUGUGCAAACUCUCAUCGUUGACAUUGAGCCUGAUGAACAUGGCAAACGAGCCAUGAAUGAGAUCAACGCUGGUAACAAAACCGUCUCAUCAUUUCCUUUAUAGACUGGUUUUCAUAUUAGUAACAAAAAUGGUUUCUUUUCUCUUCUUUAUUCUGUCAAUUUAAUUUCUAUUUUCUAGACAAAUUAGAUAAGAUAAGCAAAGUCCACAACGAAGCUAUAUGUUUCUUUCACGUGUAGUCAUUGGCAUUGCUGAGGUGAUGAUUAAGAUAUUUUGUUUCAUUACCUAAGGGUGUUGAUAUAUCGUAGGAAACUUCAUUCACCAUGAUCACGCUAUUAGCGCCAUUUCCUUUUAAUGGCAACUAGACAUUGACAUUGUCAUAGGAUUUGAACGGGCUUAUAUAUAGGAUCAAUAAUACAUCUCAGAAAGACAAAAGUUUUAUUUCACAUGAUGUGAAAUGAUUCUGAAACGAUUAUAGACAAGUAUGUCUUGUUCAUGAGCUAUGCAUCUAGAUUGAACUGAUAUGUUUGUACCCAUGAUGCAAAGGUGAAGAAUCUGCGUGACAAGCUGAGUAUUCUGUAUGAGCAAGACAGACGUAAGUGGUCACCUGUUUUGAUAUACUGUUUCUUUUAGUAACAAAUAUGUCUUGCAAGCUCGGAUGAAUACACAAAUAUUAUACAGGAAGAAGUAGACAAUGUAAUAUCCGAUAUUCCGCGGGACGGCCCGCGAAAGCCUGCAAAGAAUACGGUACGGGAUUGGACAUCUAUUUUUAGGACCACAUCCCGCGUGGGACAGGCCCGCCGUGUCCCGCCCGAAGACAAACCCGCAGCGGUCCGGUCCGGGACGGGACGGGAGAGCCCAUUUGACAUCUCUAAUUCCUAGGGACUAGAUAUGAUCAGUUUUGGUUAUUAUUUUAUUUUUAGAUUAAUUGGCAAGGUCGUCUCUCCCUCGAUUCAUCCCCGGUGUCCAGGUUAGAGAUGGAUGAUAUGUCAGGUCGAAUUCUGUUUCCUUUGUCCUCGGUGGGCGGUAGGGUUAAGCUGAAGGGAAAGCUUGGAUUAGUUAUCUCAGAGUAUGAUAGUUUUUGGGAACCCUCGAUCGACAUGCAAAUUCAAGAACCGAUAGCUUAUUCUAUCGAGAUGCUUUCCAAGGUGGAACCUUCUUCACUGAUAAGAGAAGAAGAAGAUAUGAGGGAAUUGAAGGAGAACUAUUUAUUGCCUACAUUACAUAUGUAAGAUGACUCAAUGAUGGAUUACAUAUCGAUAAGCAGCUUGACAAAUAAAUACUUAUAUGCCAGUGUUCAUAAAUUUGUUUUCUUAAUUAUUUACAUACUUUCGAUCA